CAGGGAUGGCCCGGGUGCCACAAGCCUUCGGAAUUUGUCACAUUAUACUCGGGAUUUUACCGCCGUGACCAGAUAAACGGAGGAUGGUGGUUCGAAUCAAAGUCUGGACACUUAUAUCAGUGGUGAAACGGUGACUAUCGAAGUCCAUCAUGUCGAGCAGCGGGGCGCCGUCCCUGAAGCCCCUCGUGUCCAACACGAGGAUCAUGUUCAGCCUGCUGCCGGGGCUCGGGGCUAUGAUCAUCUUCCGCAUGGCCAUCCAUCUCUACAGACCCGACAUCGAGGACGCUGCACAUCGCGUGAGAGAUCAUCCGUUCGAACAUCUAUACGAGUGUUACGAUUUCAUCAUAGUCGGAGGCGGUUCAGCGGGAUGCGUUUUAGCCGAUCGACUUUCAGAGAACCCUGAGUGGAAUGUGCUUCUAUUAGAAGCUGGGCAAGAUGAGAACGUUCUGUCAGAGGUCCCAGUGAUGUUCCCUGUUCUACAAACUUCUUCUAUAGAUUGGCAAUUCGUGACGGAGCCUAGUGAGGAUUAUUGCCUAAGCAUGGUGGACAAGAGAUGUAAGUGGCCGCGAGGCAAGGUACUUGGAGGAUGCAGUGCGAUAAAUGCUAUGCUUUAUAUCAGAGGAAACAAACGAGAUUACGACAACUGGGAAGCGAUGGGCAAUCCAGGCUGGUCUUACAAAGAUGUUUUGAAAUAUUUCUUAAAAUCUGAGAAUAUGGCUAUUCCCGAAUACAAGGACGAUCCGUACCAUUCUACAGGGGGGCGGCUCACAGUUGAAUAUUUUAGGUAUGAACAGCCAAUAACAAGGAAGAUUUUAGAAGCGGGCCAGGAAAUGGGAUACAAUAUUUUAGAUGUGAAUGGAGAGUACCAGACGGGGUUUACACGGUCACACGCAACUGUGCGUGAAGGUCUCCGGUGCAGCACAGCAAAAGCAUUUUUAAGACCGGCGGCCAAACGGCCCAACCUACAUGUAAGUGUGCAUUCUUUAGUAGAAAAAAUACUUAUUGACGAACAUAAAAGAGCUUACGGAGUCAAAUUUGUAAAACAUGGAAUUCAAAAGAUUGUUAAAGCGCGGCGAGAAGUGAUUUUAUCAAGUGGUGCUAUACAAUCUCCUCAACUACUGAUGUUGUCAGGGAUCGGUGAUGCUGAGCAUUUAAAAGAGCUAGGAAUUCAUCCAAUUGUACAUUUACCUGGUGUAGGACAGAAUCUUCAAGACCAUGUUGCAAUGGGCGGCAAUUCAUUUCUUUUCGACAAUCCAUACACCAACGGAACUGAUUAUUGCUUCAAUUUGAACAGUGCAUUUAGUAUUGGGAGUUUAGUUGAUUUUUCAAUACAUAAGUCAGGUCAACUGUACAGUAUGAUGGAAGCUGAAGCGAUGGCAUUUGUGAACACCAAGUAUCAGGAUCCGAGUGAAGACUAUCCAGAUAUCCAAUUGUUUAUAGCUCCAACAGCAGAUAAUAUGGAUGGAGGGAUUUUUGGCAAAAGAGCGAACGGAUUGACAGACGAGACUUACGCCGAAUUGUACGAGGAUAUUUUAUUUGAUUCUUCGUUUUCCGUCGUGCCGUUGCUGCUACGACCGAAGAGUAAAGGGUUCUUGAAGCUGAAGGACGCAAACCCUUAUUCACCACCGCGUAUAUAUGCCAAUUACUACAGUCAUCCAGACGACGUCAAAGUUAUGACAGAAGGAGCUCGUAUAGUGGCAGCACUGGCCGAGCAGCCAGCUCUCCGCCGGCUGAACACCCGUCCGAACCCCAACAGGACCCCAGGGUGCGCCAAACACGAGUUUCUCUCUGACGGGCAUCUAGAGUGCGUGGCAAGACACCAUACGCUGACCAUCUACCAUCCAGUGGGCACUUGUGCUAUGGGACCUGCGGAUGACUUAGAUGCCGUUGUCGAUCCGAGGCUAAGGGUUUACGGAGUUAAAAACCUACGUGUUAUUGAUGCCAGCAUCAUGCCUAAGAUUGUCAGUGGUAACACCAAUGCACCAGUCAUUAUGAUAGCCGAAAAGGCUUCAGACAUGAUCAAAGAAGACUGGUACGAUCUCCAAGACGAACUUGCUGCCUGCACCAUAGAACAAUACAGACAACAAUCGAAACACUCUGAGAAUCAAGAACCUGCUAAAGUGAACAUUGAUAAACAAAAUUCUACUAAAGAUAAAGAUAUAAAAGAAGAAAUUACUCAACUAAAUAUAAUUCGCCCCGAUUUCUUCAAUGAAACAAGUCAUCUAUUCCCCAAUUUACCCAGCGACACACAUAAUACGCGUAAUACUAAAAACGAAAACAACAAUGUAGCUCGUGAAAAUGAACUAAAACGUAAAGAAACAGAUACGAAAACUAGUCCCACCAAAGUCAACUUAAACAAGAUCGACCCAGUGUUGCAGUUAGUAUAUCCACCUGAGUAUUUCGAGAACCAACCGACCAAGUAUAAUCUACCAACGUUUCCGCCUUAUCCAUACAAACCUGCUAAUCUGCUGAAACUCAAGAGACCAAACCACCGAUGGCUACCAACCAACCCGUUUAAAUGGUCGAAACCUACAUACUAUCGACCAACACCAUUGAAGAGGCCUUCGCUUUUUAUCAAUCCGUACGAUUACCCGAUAGUAAAGGAAAAGGAGGAACCAUUUUAUGAGACAGAAGAAAUAAUAACGCCCAAGGGUCAGAAGAGUUGUAGAAUAUGGUUAUAUUAUGAUGGUGUCAAAUAUGAAGUAACCUUGUAAUAUAAUAGUUUGAUAGUCAGGAAAUCACACAGCACUAUUACUAGAUGGAAAACUUAAUUGGAACAUACAAUCUUAUCCUUUUAUCUAGCACAUAUCAUAAAUAAAAUAUCUAAUUUAUAGUACAAACGCUCAUAAUGCCAGUGACUACUUAAAUAGGUAAAAUUAAUUUUGUUACUUUUCCCCAGUGUAAAACUUGUCUUAUCUUACUCAAACUAAUCCCAGUUUUAAUAAUUUAUUAUGUUUUUUAAUUAGAAUACGAUUUAAUAUGUUAGACAAUAAAUUAUUCAAAAUA